CUGUAAAUGUUAUGAAGUUCGUUUGUUGUGGUUGAUUUUUGUGAGUUUUUAACUAGUGCAUUAAUUUAAAGAUUGUUUACAAUGCCAAAGGUUGUAAAAAGUUUGGCUCGAGAAAUGAUAUUGAAAGUGAAAGCGUUCUGUGAAGAGGAACAACAGAAUCAGGGUGUUUUAAUACCAUUAAACAAUAUUCGGAAGAGAGUCGCCGCCAUAACAGGUGUUUCAGAGAAAACAGUAACAAGAAUUACAAAAGAAGGCAUAACAGCGGCGAGUACUUCAAAAAAAAUUGUCACUCCGGGAAAGAGUCGCCCGCGGCCGAAAAAGUUCGACUUAGACGAGUUCGAUUUGUACGCUAUCCGGCAAACAAUUCACAGUUUUUACGUUGUGCAUAAAGAAUUACCAUCAUUGGCUAAAUUACAUGCAGCUCUGAGGAAAGACAUCAAUUUUCAGGGAAGCGUCACAACAUUGCACAGGAUAUUAAAUAGGCUUGGUUUCAAGUACAAGCCAUGUCAAUCCAGACGCAAACUACUGAUAAAGUACAUGACAGACAGUAUGGCUGCGAUGGACGUAGAUGAGGCACCCACUGAGGAAGUGCCAGAAGGAAAUCCUCAAGAAUUAACUAGAAAUCCAACUGCAUUGAAAGAAGCACAUGAGGAAAUGGCUACUUUGGAUGUACUUGUUUGUGGACAGUGUCAUGAAGCUUAUCAUUUCUUGGAAGAAUUUAAAGACCACAAGGAGAAAAAGAAUUGCACUGGCAAAUCACCAGUGAGGGAUAGUAAUGAAAGCAAAGCUCAAGUAUGGGCAUUCCUUUUAUGGAAAUGUGCUUCCGCUCGAGAUGGGUCAACAUCUGUAGAUAACAGUUGGAAGCUUUAUCAACAAUGGUGUCGUAUGCCAGAAGCACAACGCACAACUUGGAUAACUGCUGGAUCCAAUGUGCAGUCCUUGUCUAAGUUUGCUCAUGCUAAAGUGAUGGAAGUGAAAUCUGAUGACCAACUUGUUCCUGUUCAGACACCAGCCGGUGACGUGAAAAGAAGAGGCAGGCCAAAGAAAAAACAGGAAGAGACUGAACCCCAGCCAUCUGGAGAGGAGAGUGAUGAUAAGUCAAACAAAGCUGUCUCUAAACCAAUUAUUCCAGCAGCUAAAGUGAAGCAGGAGGAUAACGAAAGCAUCCGCGGUGCGCAAGAGCGUGUUCCGGCGGCGGAGCGUAUUGCGCGGCGGACGGAGCGGGACGCGGCACCCGGAGAGGUCUCGCAGCAGUUUGUGGUUGAGAAGAUUUUGGCAAAGAGGUUCAACCCACGGCGGAAGCAUUAUGAAUAUCUGCUCAAGUGGGAAGGAUAUCCGCAUGAGCAGAACACAUGGGAGCCAGUAGAAAAUAUGGACACAUGCAAACACUUGCUGGAGGCGUUCGAGAAACAACUUGCCCGGCAGAAGGAGCUUAAGGCGCUAAGGGCACAACAACAAGCACAAAAUACCGUUCAGGUAAAGCAAACCAGUACACCAUUACCGCAAGUCGUCAAACAGAUGGUGAAGAAAAAUGAAUCUCCUACAUUGACACCUACUGGUCGCCUACAACGUAGCAGUAAGGCCCGUGCCCUAGACCAGGUGAAAGCUUGGUGUGGCAACGCAGAUGAUGAACCUCCCAGCAAACGGGUCAGGCAUUCUUCUGACAAUGACUACUCCGAACCUGAUGAACCCAAAGUGGAAGUAAGAAGUGUCGUGAACGGUCAGCCCUCUCCGAAGUCAUCAGUGGACCCAGAAUUGGUAAAGUCGCUAGGACUUAGUGGAAAAGGGAUGCCUAACAUUAAGGGUGUCAUCAAAGUUGACCCUAAACACAUGCCUAGCUUGAGUACAGGUGUGUACAUAAUGUCAAAAAGCUCUGGUAUUAUGAAGAUAAACUCGCCAGGAAAAAUUGGACCCGGUCUUAAUAUAGAUCAAGAAGUUAUCAAGAAGCAGAUUAUGGCUGCCAAACAGAAAAAAAUGGAAGAAAACAGAAAACAAUCGAUGUCGUCACCAUCUACACAGGUGAAGAAAACAUAUGGACCAGCAGGGCAACAGGUGACCGAGAAGACGAUAAUCACUCCGUCUGGACAGAAGAUUAUACAGAGGACGAUACAAAGGCCAGCUCCAUCUUCAGGGUCUGAUGGGAAGUCGCCUGUAACGAUAUUGAACAAGAAGUUGGCUCAGUCCCAGAGCGCGGGUGACAGCCUGUUACGUCGAGGUGGGACAAUGAGGGGUCGCGGCCGAGGUUCUUUCUUACUCUCGCCCGCCGUACGGCUUAAGGAGAAGACGGUCUCGUUCGAUUUUGAUAAGUGGAGCACAUCGUCAGAGUCGUCUGACGGCGUGGAAGACCCCUUCCCUAAGGAGCUGGGUCCGAUUCCGCCGACCAGCCCCGAUCGGCCGCUGACCCUGUGCCCUCUGUCGGGCAAACGUCUGGCCAGGGCGGAGAACGAGCCCACGCCACCGCCCACGCCUUCGCCGCCGCCCACGCCUCCGCCUGACACGCAGACGCAGGGCACUAUGCUUAUGAAGGUGGAAAUGUCACCUGGUGGUACAACGGGAAUAGUUGUGCAAGGAGACGGUGCCCAGCCCUCACUGCCAAUGCUGACAGACGAAGAUGGUACGGAGGUAAAAGUAGAGUCGAGUGCAGUGAAGCAAUUAUUAGAAGAGGGAGUAGGCGAGGAUGAGACAGAAGAAGUGGGACUGCAGUUACAUUCGGGACAUCCGCUCAUGAUACGAGGGGAGGAUGGGGUACUCUACCAGGUCGCGGGUGAAAACGAAGCGGGUCAGACUUUACUUGUGGCAGCGGAAGGCGUAGAGGGGGCAGAGGAGGGAGGGGGCGAUGGAGACGGGGAAGGCGUUAUGUACGUCACGAGGGAAGAUGGACAGACGUUGUUAGUGUCGACGCAAGGCGUCCAAGGAACCGUCGAGGGUGUAGAAGCCGGGGCUGAAGGGGAGGGAGAGGGAGUCACAUACGUCACAAGAGGAGAAGAUGGACAGGACGUGCUAACCAUAGACCCAGGGCAGCUGGCAGCGCUGCUCCCGGGCGGGGAGGCGGGAGGUCUGCAGCAGGUGGCCGUGCAGGUGGAGGGCGAGGGGGGAGAGGACGCCACGCAAGUCAUUGCGCAGCUCGUGCAGGCCGAUCUGCCUUCGCCAGGUGGAACGCGGCGUGUAGUUCUGCUAUUACCCGAUGGUAGCUUUACAAUGACCGAAUUGGACAAGGAGCAAUACGAAUCGAUCACUGAGGCUGGCAAGAGCCAGGAGUAAUGACUGAUUUAACAUAAGUGGACUUUUUAAGUCGGUUAAAAGAAAUAUUUCAUCUGUUAUGAGAUGUCAGUUCUUAAAUUGUGUAUAACUCUGAAAGUGCUAUGUUGAUGACAUGCUAAAGUAAUAUAAGUUAUUGUUAAUAGAGAAAAGUUAAGUGUCCUAUUAAAUGGAUAUGAAAAAACAUAGUUUAAAUUAAUCUGUAAUAAGUAAAUCGUUUUAUGUGUGAAUUAUUAGAUAAUGUGCGUCGUGAGUGAAUAUACAUAUAUUGUUAAUUUUAAAAGCUUUUAUCAAUUUCACUAAAAUAUUCAAUACACAAUAAAUCAUUUUAACAUA